AUGAAGCCAAUUAGAAAUAUGGAGUAUGAAGAAGAGAUGGCUUUGAGAUUAUUUACACCCUUGGAGCCUGCCACACCUAAAGAAGUUACACAAAGAGCACAUAACUUAAGUUUAGAAAUAAAAAAAGGAAAAUUUGUUGCAUUGUGUAACUCGCAAUGGUCAACGUUCAAUGUGGGGUGGCCAGCCGAAGAUACAUUUGAUCUUCAGAUUAUUUCAAAGGUGAAAGAAGCUGUGUUCCGGUCCAGCGGGGGUCACCCAGAUCAGGGGUCAUAUAUUAUCACAUGGCAGGAUUUAGUGGAAAAUCCACCUCCCUGGUUAAAGCCAUUGUUACCUCUUUCUCUUCCUAAGCAGGCACCUAAGACUGUCCUGGCAGCACAAACUCAUACUACCCAGAAGAAGGAACCUGAAAUUAAACCUUUGGCGCCAACCUACCCAGUAUUUCAGGGUGGAACGGAGGAAGAACUCCUUUUCCCCCCUUAUCAAACCCCUUCAGUAGGUAUUGCAGCUGCAGAGGGUGCGCUGCCCCAAGUGCCGGACAAUGGUGGGACAAUGGCAGCAGCAGCAGGUCCGGUGGCCAGCACCUGUGGAAGAAUGCAGUGCACAGCCCCCUCUAGUGGACCAGCAGAUUCCACAGUCUUGCAGUUGUGGGCUUCAGGGCCCGCAGACGCAACCGGCAACCAGCAACUUCACUAUUGGCCUUUUGCCACUAGUGACCUGUAUAUGAAAACACAGAAUGCCAAAUUCUCAGAUAAUCCCAGAGAUUUAACCGAUCUCCUAGAGACUAUUUUAUUUACUCAUCAGCCUACCUGGGAUGAUUGUCAGCAGCUCCUCCAGAUUUUAUUCACCACUGAGGAACGUGAGAGGAUCCAGAUGGAAGCCUGGGAAUCUGUUUUGGGGAUUAACGGGCAACCCACUACUAAUAUAGAUGUGAUUAAUGCCACCUUCCCUUUGACUCAUCCUAAUUGGGACUUCAACAUGACUGAAGGUAAGGAGAGACUCCGGGUGUACUGUCAGACUCUAAUGGGAGGUCUCAGGGCAGCUGCAAGGAAGCCCACUAAUUUGGCUAAGGUAGGUGACGUACAGCAAGGGAGGGAUGAAAGUCCUGCCAGUUUCUUAGAAAGAUUAAUGGCAGCAUUUUGUCAAUAUACCCCCAUGAAUCCGGAAGCGCCUAAAACUAAGGCCGCACUAAUCAUGGCUUUUGUGAAUCAAGCAGCCUCAGACAUUAGGAGGAAAUUACAAAAAAUUGACAGACUAAAUGAAAAAAGGAGCUCUGAGAGGGUUUAUAAUUACAGGGAAAGUUCAGAGGACCGACAGGCCAAAGCACUAGUGGCAGCCAGUGACCAGAACACUCGGAACUUUGCAAAAAUCUUACUUGCCUCGACAACCGGGAGCGUCCGAGAAAGAGAACAACAACUGCAGAAAAUCGCAAAAUACCGAGGUAAGGGGGACCCCCCCAUGGGAGGAUGCCCUAAACUGGGCAAGAAUCAGUGUGCCUAUUGCAAGGAAGACGGACAUUGGGCAAAAGAGUGCUCAAAUAAAAGAACUCAUAAACCACAGACUAAAGUACUAGAAUUGGGGGAACUCAGUGAUUAGGGGUUCGGGGGUUUGGUUCCCCUCCCCAAACCCAGGGUAACCCUUAAAGUGGAGGGGACUCCAAUUGAUUUCCUGAUGGACACCAGGGCACAAUAUUCAGUCUUACUCAAACCCCAAGGAAAAUUGUCUAAUAAAACCUCCUGGGUUCAGGGGGCUACAGGAACAAAUCAAUAUUCAUCGACUACCCAAAGAACAGUGGAUCUCGGUGUGGGUCGGGUAUCCCACUCAUUCAUGGUAAUUCCAGAAUGCCCCUAUCCACUUCUUGGGAGAGAUAUACUAACCAAGAUAGGAGCACAAAUCCACUUUCAAAAAGGAGGGGCAACCAAUAUGGACACUAUUCAAGUGUUGACUGUACACCUAGAAGAUGAAUAUAGACUCCACCAACAACCCCCUCCUCCCCCUUCUGAAAAUAUAAAACAGUGGUUAUCAGCUUUUCCCAAGGCAUGGGCUGAAACUGGAGGUGUAGGGUUAGCUAAACAUAGGCCACCAGUUUAUGGGGAAAUUAAACCUGGAGAGGACCCGGUCAGAGUCUGUCAGUACCCUAUGUCACGAGAAGCCCGGGAAGGCAUAACCCCUCACAUCAGGCGCCUGUUAAAAUUAGGAAUACUCCGACCCUGUCAGUCUGCUUGGAACACCCCUCUACUCCCUGUUCGAAAACCUCAUUCCAAUGAUUAUAGACUGGUACAAGACCUCCGGGAGGUCAAUAAAUGGGUCAUAGACAUUCAUCCUACUGUUCCUAACCCAUACACCCUCUUUAGUUCUUUACCCCCAGAUCACCAAUGGUACUCAGUCUUGGACCUAAAAGAUGCAUUUUUUAGCUUACCAUUAGCCCCAAAGAGCCAGGAUUUGUUUGCCUUUGAAUGGACAGAUCCCACGGAAGGCAUUAAUGGACAACUAACCUGGACGCGAUUACCCCAAGGGUUCAAAAAUUCGCCUACAAUCUUCGAGGAGGCGCUACAUGAAGACCUGGGUAAAUUCCGAUCUGACCACCCCAGUCUCACGCUGUUACAAUAUGUAGAUGAUCUCCUAAUUGCUGCAGCAGACUACGAGACCUGCUUCCAAGGAACCAGAGACUUACUCCGGACAUUAGGAGACAUGGGUUACAGAGCCUCAGCCAAAAAAGCUCAACUUUGCCAACCCGAGGUGAGCUAUUUGGGGUAUAUGUUAAGAGAGGAACAAAGAUGGCUGACUAGGGCCCGCAAGGAGACUGUGCUAAAAAUCCCUAGACCCAACACCCCACGCGGGGUGCAGGAGUUCCUAGGAUCAGCCGGCUCCUGUAGACUCUGGAUACCAGGUUUUGCGGAAUUAGCAAAACCUCUCUAUGAAGCAACCAAGGAGGGGCAGAAGUUUCAGUGGACAGAGGCCAUGGAAAAAUCCUUUAAUUCACUUAAGAAUGCCCUUUUGUCCCCUCCUGCCCUUGGACUGCCUGAUGUGACAAAACCCUUCCAUCUAUACAUAGAUGAAAAUAAGGGGAUAGCGAAGGGAGUUCUAAUCCAACACGUAGGCCCCUGGAAAAGACCAGUAGCCUAUCUCUCAAAGAAAUUAGGCUCAGUGGUGGUGGGGUGGCCCCUGUGCUUAUGCAUAAUAGCAGCAAUGGCAUUACUAGUCAAAGAUGCGGGCAAACUUACACCGGGACAAGGACUCAUCAACAUUCUGGCUCAAGCGCACGGAAGCCGAGCUGACCUACGACACAAACCCUUGCCGGAUGCCAACGUCACCUGGUAUACGGAUGGGAGAAGCUUUGUACAUAAUGGACAAAGGUAUGCAGGGGCAUCAGUGGUGACGGAAACUACAAUAGUUUCGGCUGAACCAUUACCAGCUGGAACAUCAGCUCAACGAGCUGAACUGAUAGCAUUGACCAAAGCCCUAACUUUAGGAAAAGACAAAAAGUUAAAUAUUUAUACAGACAGUCGUUAUGCUUUUGCCACGGCACAUAUUCAUGGGGCAAUUUAUCUGGAAAGGGAGCUAUUAAUCGCAGAAGGAAAGACAAUUAAAAAUAAAAACGAGAUUCUAAAUCUACUAGCUGCCCUAUGGCUCCCAAAGAAACUUGUCAUCAUUCAUUGUAUGGGACACCAGAAGACUACCUCUCCAGUUGCCCGAGGCAAUAAUUUAGCAGACCAAACUUCCCAAGAAAUUGCACUGUCUACCAACCUGGUAUUAACCUCCAACCUACCUGAUCCUGGGAGCCCUGCCUUACCAACGAACCCCAACUACACUGAAGAAGAUUUGAAAUGGAUUAAACAACUACCUGGAACUCAGUACAUAUGCAACUGGUGA